CCCUGCGCCCCGUCCCGCCCCGCCUCUGCGUGCGGCGAAACGGCGAUAGUGGCAGCGGCACCAUGACCUUGGAGGCGAUCCGCUAUUCGCGGGGCUCGCUGCAGAUCCUCGACCAGCUGCUGCUGCCCCAGCAGAGCCGCUACGAGGCGGUGGGCUCGGUGCGCCAGGCCUGGGAGGCGAUCCGCGCCAUGAAGGUGCGCGGCGCCCCGGCCAUCGCCCUAGUGGGCUGCCUCAGCCUCGCGGUGGAGCUGCAGGCGGGCGCUGGGGGACCGGGACUCGCCGCGCUCGUGGCAUUCGUGCGCGACAUGCUGAGCUUCCUCGUCACCGCCCGGCCCACCGCCGUCAACAUGGCCCGCGCCGCCCGCGACCUGGCGGACACCGCUGCCUGGGAGGCGGAGCGGGAGGGCGCCACGGAGAAGGCGGUCCGGGAGAGAGUGAUCCGCUACGCCGAGGACAUGCUGGAGAAAGACCUCGGAGACAAUCGGAGCAUUGGAGACCUGGGAGCCCACCACCUCCUGGAGCGGGUGGCCCCCAGCGGUGGCAAGGUGACGGUGCUGACACACUGUAACACCGGUGCACUGGCCACCGCUGGCUAUGGCACAGCCCUAGGUGUGAUCCGCUCCCUGCAUGCCAUGGGGCGCCUGGAACAUGCCUUCUGCACGGAGACCCGGCCCUACAACCAGGGAGCCCGGCUGACGGCCUUUGAGCUGGUAUACGAGCAGAUCCCUGCCACCCUCAUCACUGACAGCAUGGCUGCAGCCGCCAUGGCCCACAGGGGCGUGUCAGCCGUGGUCGUGGGAGCCGACCGUGUGGUUGCCAACGGCGACACAGCCAACAAGGUAGGCACCUACCAGCUGGCCAUCGCGGCCAAGUACCACGGCAUUCCCUUCUAUGUGGCUGCCCCCAGCUCCUCGUGUGACCUCCAUCUCCAGACUGGCCGAGAGAUCGUCAUCGAGGAGCGCCCAGGCCAGGAGCUGACUGAUGUUAAUGGCAUCAGGAUUGCAGCGCCCGGGAUUGGGGUUUGGAAUCCCGCCUUUGAUGUCACCCCCCAUGACCUCAUCACCGGUGGCAUCAUCACAGAGCUGGGGGUCUUUGCCCCGGAAGAGCUGCAGGCAACCCUAACCACCAUCUCCUCGGGAGGAGGGACCCUAGAUGGACCCCAGUUGUAACCAACUCAGCUCGGCUUACCCUGCCCCCAUCCCCCAGGUUUUAUAAUAAAUUUCUUGAAUGGCCUGUCCAAAAGCUGA